CCAGUCAAGGUAUUGUGGGUAAAAAUGGCGGCUGCAAUUCAAAACACGCGAUAAUUUUAUUAAUUUCGUGAAGCUUUAUCAAUCGACAAUUUUAAAUUUGGCAUUUGGCCAAUUAAGAAUGUAUGUAUAAGUAAAUAUUUCCUUAAUUGAUAGGAAUUUUUAAAAGCAGAAAAAUUUUCUUUCAAUUUGUUCCGCUCGAAUAUCGGGCGAUAUUAGGGGAGUUUCAAUGUAUACUGAAAAACAAGCUCUUAAAAACAUCAAAUCUAUUUGUAAUAAUGAUUCAUAAUGUUUGUAAGGUGUAUAAAUUCAGAGAUGGUUAUAUCAGCUUUAGUGACUAAUCAAAAAUAUUGUAUCGUAUAGAGUAAAAACAUAAGGCACAGGCUAAAAUCAUUAUACUUUUUUUUUAUUCUUGUAUUCCCCUUAGGUAGUUGAUUGGACUUCUCUAUAUGUGACUGAAAUUGAGUUGUUUCUAAUUAACAGUGUUUUCUGCCAUCAACAUGAGUUACGGUUUGUAUUUCCCAUAUUUAUUUUACGUAAAGAUUUUGUAAUCAAGUAAAAAUUGAACGGAUAAAAGCGGUUGUGACAUUUGCAACUUCCACGUAAUUUAUUUUAAUUAAAAAGGUAAAUGUGUUCGUUCAGAAUGCCUGGAGCUAUAUUCUUUCACCUUGUAUACCAUUGAUAUAUUUUCACCUCGGGAUAUGGAAUUCAAGGCGAUUACAAAGUAGAGUUUAAAGAAUUAAUAGGUUACAUACAAUAGUCGUUCACUAGUGUUUACUGUAAUGCUACUUGCAGUUUGAACAGAUUUCUUUCUCUAAUUCGGAAUUGCCCCCAUUUAAUUACUUCUGUCAGUUUAUUGAUUUCAAAUGUAAACCGAUUAUCAAAACCUAAAACUAUGCUAUUUAAAUAUAUUUUUUAUUAUUUGUUUUAGAUAAAUGAAUAACACUGAAUAUGUUAUUUUUUGAGAUAAGAUUUCUUUAGGUGGAUGGUUACAAUGUAAAAAAAAAAAAACUGUGAUUAAAGAGAUAGGAGAAAAAUAUUUAACUGAUUUAUUAGUAAAAAUUGACCGGCAAAUUUAUAUAAGGAAUUCUUAAGUAGCCUUUGAACUAUUUAGUUAUGAAAGAAAGACUUCCUUCCUUGUUAGUGGAUAAGAUCAAAAUAGUACAAAGCUAUUUUUCCAUUUCCCACGCGAAAAUUGUAAAAAACAAGUUUUCUGUAUGUUGACUUGUCCAAAAUAAGGUUCUAUCGAAAGUUUAUUCAUAUCAUAACGACUUUCCAGUAAUAGGUACAUAAAGUAAAAAGGUUCGAUCUUUUUUGGUCCAUUCAAUGUCAAUAUAUUUUGAUUAAGACCCAAAUAGAAUUUCUAAGCGAUAUGUGUUCAAGAAAAGUUUAUUAGUUAAAGAAAAAAGGCCAAUUUAAGCGCUAAAUAAUUAUAAAGUGGUGUUCAUUUAAGCAUGUUCACUCUUUUCAUUCUGUUCAACUGGAAUAUUGAGAAUAUUCAGCGAAACGAUAAAAGAUAAAAGUUAUUGCCCAUUUGCUCUAACAAAGAAGUUUUUCAAUUACAAUUUAAAGAAGAGGAAAUUUCAAAGUUUGGAAAAAUCACACCAAAGUAAAAAAGGAAUAUUUUUAGACUUUUUGAGUGCUUGGUCACGAACAUAAAAAGUAAAAAUUUUCCAAUGAAAUAAUAACUUAGAGGAUAGCAGCAGCCGUCUAAUUUACCAAUGAGGUGUAUUGAUUUGUUGAAUCUUUCUUUCCUGAAUUUGUAAGGAAUCAAUACUUAUCAAGGGCUGCCUGGUAACUAUUAGGAAUUCUCUUUUCCCGAGUAUUGAAUGGUAGGCUAUACGCUUCUAGUUGCGUGAAAGAAUAGGGGCACGUGUUCGAUGAAAAGCGGCGGGUGCGCUUUAGAACGACAUGUACCUGAGUCGGACACCUGUCGACGCUUUCAGAACGUUGCAUGGACGCUGUGAGACAACAGUGAAAUCGGGCCGUUUUACUCAAUCGUACUAAGCUUACCGAAUAAUUGUCGGUCUUGUUUGAUGGAUUAACAACUGCUUUCAAGGUGACGGUGUCUGGCAGCAUUGUUUAAAUUUCGUUUAACUCGUGCCAACCAAACUGACAAAUUAACGCGUUGGGUGUAUUUGCGUUGAGGUACGAAAGGUGGACACAACACAAAGAUCAACGUAUUAUUUCCAUCAUUCUUGAACUGUUCGUCUUUCGUGACAAUUGUCAGAUGGAGAAUAGGAUAAAGAGAGGUGAUUUCGUAAUAGCCGUUACUGGCUCUAAAGUAUGCAAAUGUCGCAAUCGGCCUCCACUGAAGGAUAUUUCAAAUAAUUCCACAAUCAAUUUUGGAGAAAAUGUUAUUUCUUCAACACCUAUUAAGGAUAUAUAUGAUGACUUACCUUUUUCAAAAUCUAUUAAAACAGAUAGGAGAAGGUGGAAAGCGGAAGAAUACGAAAAUGUCGUGGUAUGUACAAACUUUUUAUCUACAUAGUUUGUUUCUGUUAAGUGUCGUUUCGUGUGCAAUUAAAUACGUGUCAAACUUACGGUACGUUUUAACGGAAAAGUUUCUGUUAUCUUUUAAAGUUUCUAAUUUAGUUUCCAUUUAACGCAUGGUAAAUUUCUCCUACGUGAGGUGAUUUUAAUUGCAUUAUACGUUGCAACAUACUUACUCCUUAACUGUAUAAAAGAAUAUGCUGGGAAUGAAAAUUCAAUCAUUUGUUAUAAUCUUUUGGUGUAGAAAAUUUAUUUUUUAAUUAUAAUCUUACUGCGAAACCUUACGACCUUUACAUCGUAUGUGUUUAGGUUCCUUAUGUCAGUAUAUACGUAAGGCAAGCGUUUCCCGGGCUCCUCACAGCUUGAUCAUCAACUUGAAAUGCUUGACAGUUUACACGUUCCAUUUGUUAUUAAAACACCGUUUAUGGUAAGAGCAUUGUGUCAACGUACGUUCAAUCGAUUUCCGGUGAAUAAUCGUACGUCUCCCUAAAGAUUUUAAAUUCGCUGUGUAUGUAAAUGCUGGGGCAAUUUUGGGAGUUUUAGUAGGUCAAUUAACUUAUUGGUAAGAUAGUGUCACCCAAAAGGAGCCCCUCAGGUGCGUUGAUUGUAAACAGCUGCCGCCGCCACCGCCAUUCUUUUACCUACGAGCGAAUAGAGUGUAUGUUUAUGCUGUAAUCUCGAUUUCUGGAUUAUUUUCAUCGGUUAAUCCUACUUCCGCUGAAUAAUCAUUAAUCAAUAUUCAUCCAAUUGUCAAAAAAUGAGUAUAAUUGUAAUCAACCGCUGAAAGAUAAUUGGUAAAUAGACAAAGCGUUCAAAUCACUGAUGAACAGGAUUGGAAACGGAUGAGAAAUACCGGGGAUUUUCGUAAUUGGAUGGCGCCCGGAACUGCCGUUGAGAUGUCGUUAAAUGAGCUCCAGCAGAUGGCUGAUAGGCAGGAACAACAAAUACAAACUCAACAGCAAAUGCUUGUUGCCAAAGAACAAAGACUAAAAUACUUGAGACAACAGGAAUACCUUCAAAGAAAGCACCAAAACGAAGAUACCGAAAGAAGAAAGCAAUUAGAGCGUAUAGAAAUACAAGAACAGAAGUUAAGCAGGAUUCAGGGUUUGAAAGGAGAACAUCUCCAGCGAAUAGCAACAAACGAUAAAUUACGUGAAGAAUUAGAAAGGAUGAAAUCUAUUUUUUCUGCUAAAGAAAAAGAAUUGAUGGCAGCCGUGGCAAAAGUAGAAGAGAUGAGUAAACAGCUUGAACAAAUACGAAGUCAUAACGCUAAUGAAUAUUCAUCGGAAAUUGAAAAACUAAAACGGGAAUUGCAUUUACGGAACAAACUAAAUGAACAAAAUAAUGCUAAAUUAGCCUGCAAACGCAAUGAGCUGUCUACUAAGAAGAACGAAAUGGCUUUUCUAGACCAAAGAAUAGAAGAAAUGCAGGAGAGAUUAAAGAAAAAAAAGGUAGCACAAAAUCAAAGGACGAAAGAGCGAGUGAAAAGUCAAACAAACAUUGCAGCAGUGGAACCUAUUAUGAAAAAGAUUGAAAAUAACACCAAUUUAAUUAAAGGCGAUGAGAAACAUAGUAUUCGUCCUACAAAAGUAAAGUCAUCAUCAACAUCGUCUACAAUAACAAUGUCUAAUCUUAAAACUGACACACCACCUACCGGCCAACAAAGAAUGACAAAAACAAGCGUUUCAUCUCUGCCACUGACCAAUGAAACAGAAAAAAAACAUAACGGGUUUUCACCUAAUUCUUCCGCGUAUGUGCCAAAGCCAUAUGCUGGGAAACUUCCACAAAAUUCGCCACCACAUGCUCUUCAACCGUCUCCAGAUUUUGCAUCGCCUAAAACAUCUACACCUAUAAGCAAUGGUAGAAUUCCAAAACAACCUCCUCCGACUGCUCCUCGACUUAGGGUGAAUCGGGACCGUGAGUUAAUUACUGCAACUAAUCAACCCUCCAAUAGUGAAACUGCUACGACUGGAAAAUUGCUUAGCGACUCAGUCGAACCUCAUGGUAGAGACCCGCCAUCGCCUGCCUCGAGCGGCGCCAGCCAAACUUCAAAUCACUCAAAUGGCCAUGGUAGUCAAACCAGCAAUCAAACAAGCUCGUCUGGUUAUGUUUCCGAGAGUAAAAUUGAAAAAGAUGUAACUUUAACAAAUGCGUUGGAUGUCCUUAAACAAGCACCGAUGACUUCUUCAAUCAGUUCUAAUAGAAAUCGUUUUGCUCCAAGGUCUGUCAUAGCUAAUGCCUAUAUGAACAAGUUGACAGCUUCUACUGCAGCUAAUUACAAACAAAACACAGAACGGUUAUACAGUGAUUUUUAUACCAUGUUAAAGGAGAAAAAGUCAGAAAAUAGUUCCGAAAGUGAAGAGAUUAAUGUCUCUGCUCACCUAAAUGAGGAGCCAGUGGCUUCUGCUAAAUCUGAUAAUGAUACCUCACCCCAAGAACAAUUAGACGGAAAUUAUAAAGCUACUCGUCGAAGAACGUCCUCGGGGACAGUUUCUCCUAGUGAAUGUGAAGAACCUAACGAAGGUGAACCGGAAAUGAUAGUCAGCAACUCAAAUUUGAGACGUAGACGAAGAGGAAAUUUAAAAAGUAUUAGAGGAUUCGGUACAAAGUCUCGUCGUGUGUCUUUUGAUCCUUUAGCACUUCUUCUCGAUGCUUCUUUAGAAGGCGAACUAGAGUUGGUAAUGCGAUCGGCGAAGGAAGUCCCUGACGUGUCAGCUCCAAACGAUGAAGGAAUAACGGCUCUACACAAUGCUAUUUGUGCUGGUCAUUUAGAAAUUGUCGAAUUUCUUGUUAAAUUUGGAGCUAACGUUAAUGCUCCUGAUAGUGACGGUUGGACACCUCUUCAUUGUGCUGCUAGCUGUAACAAUUUACCGAUUGUAAAAUUUCUGGUCGAAAACGGGGCUUGUGUAUUUGCCACAACGGUUAGUGACCAAGAAACAGCAGCUGAUAAAUGUGAACAAGAGGAAGAUAACUUUGACGGUUGCAGUAAAUAUUUAUAUGAUUUACAGGAAAAACUUGGAAUAAUUAAUAACGGUGAGGUUUUUGCUGCUUUUGAUUACGAUGCUCAGCAUGAAGAUGAACUUGAUAUGAAAGAAGACCAAAAACUAAUUGUGAUAAGAAAAGGUGAUGAUCAGGAAAAAGACUGGUGGUGGGUUAAAGAUGGCAAUAAAAAAGGAUAUGUACCUAGGAAUUUAUUAGCUGUAAGUAUUACUAUACAUUUACUCCUUGUAAAAGGAAUUUGUAAUUAUAACUGAUUUAUUAUCAACCAUAGUUACAUUGCCGUCCCGAACCAAAUCGCGAGGCUGGACCUCCUUUUUUAUUAGCGUCUUCUGCCCUGCCUGAAUAUAGGGGCUCACCAACAACUAUAGAUAUUGGUGACGAAGGUUUAUCGAGAUGUUGAAAUCGUUUUUAUUGUGAAUGCUAUAGGAAACUAUUGUGUUCAAGAUUUAAAGAAGAAUAAUUUUACAUUUGAAUAUUCUGCAGCGUAUUUAUAUUCGGAUAUACAUUUACAUGCGUGCUAGCAACGAAUUUGCACAGUUUAAUAUGUAAGUGUAUACUUACUAUAUACAUUAUUUUAAUGUAUAUAUGUAAAUAAAUAUAACAUACAUAUCUGCGUUUCUCAAACUGUGAACAAAAAUCGUCAACAAAGGUGCUUUGUACAAUUUUUUGUUUUAAAAAUAUUUUGUCGUUUGAUACGAAUUAUUAAAAGAAAGAGUUAUUUCAUUAUCUUCUGAGACAAAUUUAUUGAAAAUUAUGUUUGUUGAUUUUAUUCCAAUGUUUAAUACGUCUUGUCCCAUGUAUUUAGUUUGUACGAAAGAAAGCGUUACAUGUGUUUCUAUUUGCUAAUAAAUGCACUGCAAUUAAUCUAUUUGAUAAGUAUAUAUUAAAUUAUCAUUUCCCCGAACAAAGUUAUUUGUUUUUCUUAUUUGGCUUUUUAAUGUUUACAAACGAAAUAAGAAAUAAGAAUAAAUAGAGAAAGUUGAGUAUAAAUUUGUGGUUUAUGUCUCUAGUAUUCCUGUAUUAUCGUUAGACGUAUUUAGAAAUGGAAAUCUGAGAAUAUUUUUCACUAAGAGUACUUAAUAAAGAAAAAAGAGAAAGUUGAUCUAUGACAUAUAUAUAUUUAAAAAACAGCGGCUUUAGUCAACUUUAGCAAAUCUUAUUACAUUUAGAACUUCCUAAAAAUCAAUUCUCUCUUUUAUCUUUUAUUAGAACGAAUAUCAGAAUAGAAUGUAUAUAUAUAUAUGUUGAAUCAUCAGAAAUUCGCCAUUUUCUUCGAUAACAAAUAUUUAUCACAACGAUUUCUAGUUAUUGCGUUAUCCCUUGUAUCUAAGGGCUGCAGGAAACUAAGUUAAACUGGUUUCAGGAUCAG